AAAAUCUUGAUUUGUUUAUUUCCUAAUCCUAUUCGUUUUUCCCUCCGCCAUUCCGAAAACCUCUCGAAAAAUUCGUCAUUUCUGAUUCACUCUCUAAAACCCUACGCUCCUCCGGCCGCCGCUGCGUAUCCCGCGGCCGUUCCCGUCGACAAUCUCGUACUUACGCAGCGUAGUUAAGUGUAACUUCUCCUUUUAUCAAUUUCCCUCCCGGCGUUGCGUCGACCAGUCAAGACUCUCCCUACCUAACCGCAGAUAACUCUGCUCUGCUGAUUUCAAACGCUCCAUAAGAUUCUGGAACUUUGUCUCUAAGCACAUACCUUCAACGAAUCAUCAGCCUCCUACCAGAAUGUCUAUCACAUCAUCACUUACUUCAGCCACACUUUGUGGUGCCUCAGCUUUUCCUAAAGCACUAGCCUGCGGCACUGACUUGCCAAGCAAUCUCUCAAGUCCUUUUGUCAGUUCCAAGAUUUGCUUGACUUCUAAGAACCUCAAGAAAAAUGCUGCGAUGCGAGGAAUCAAGUGUCAUGCUUUGCAAGUCGAGACGAGGGAUUCGUUUACCGCUGGGAAGAAAUUUCAGCUGAGUGAUGUGAUCGAAGGGCAACAGUUUGAUAGGGAGAUGCUAAGUGCUAUAUUCGACGUUGCGCGCGAAAUGGAGAAGAUAGAAAAGAGCUCUUCACAGAGUGAAAUACUCAAAGGGUAUUUAAUGGCUACCCUCUUUUACGAGCCUUCUACACGUACAAGGCUCUCGUUCGAGUCUGCCAUGAAACGCUUGGGAGGUGAAGUCUUAACUACUGAGAACGCUAGAGAGUUUUCGUCUGCUGCUAAAGGAGAAACACUUGAAGACACCAUAAGAACGGUGGAGGGUUAUACAGAUAUAAUCGUGAUGCGGCAUUUCGAAAGCGGUGCUGCUAGGAAAGCUGCAGCUACUGCCAAUAUACCUGUCAUUAAUGCAGGCGAUGGUCCUGGAGAGCAUCCCACUCAGGCUCUCUUGGACGUCUACACCAUCCAAAGUGAAAUUGGGAAACUGGAUGGCAUCAGUGUAGCCUUAGUUGGAGACCUUGCCAACGGAAGGACAGUGCGGUCACUUGCAUACUUGCUUGCCAAAUUUAAAGACGUGAAGAUCUACUUUGUUUCCCCUGGGAUUGUUAAGAUGAAGGAUGACAUUAAAGACUAUCUGACAUCAAAUGGGGUGAAAUGGGAAGAGAGUUCAGAUUUAAUGGAAGUAGCAUCCAAGUGUGACGUAGUUUAUCAAACCCGAAUCCAGAGAGAGCGGUUCGGAGAAAGGCUUGACCUUUACGAAGCAGCUCGUGGGAAGUAUAUCGUGGACAAGGAUCUGUUAGGAGUCAUGCAGAAAAAUGCUGUUAUCAUGCAUCCUUUACCAAGACUGGAUGAAAUCACUCCAGAUGUUGACGCUGAUCCAAGAGCUGCCUACUUUAGACAAGCAAAGAACGGUUUGUUUAUCAGAAUGGCUCUUCUAAAGCUACUCCUUCGGUCAAACGCAAAAACCGAUGGCUUUAAAGCUCCUACACAGGGCGAAGUAUACAAAGAUAAAGAGAAAAGUUUUGAGUACACUGUAUGUAUUUUGAUUAUUACGGAAAUACCCCUCAUCAUCCUAAAGUGGCAUGGAGCAAAAUAUAACACAUGGGAUUAUCAAUCUCUUUGUAUUUGCCGUCUAAAUCCCAGCGGCAAGCCUUUGACGCCAUUCUCAGAUUCACGGCACCACUUCCGUAAUAACCUUCGAGCCCAGAUGAUUGGGAAUCCGGUAAUUCAAGUCCCAUCAUCACUAAUGCCAUCAUCCUCCAUGAUUGCUUGCCCUCGAGCUUCUCCCAACGGGCUUCCUUAUCUCCCACCGAAACCUAGAACUAGGCAUUUAGUGGUCAGAGCUGCAUCCACUUCUGACUCUGCUGAUGGAGGGAAGAACCCGCUCACGGUUGUUUUGGAUGUGCCGAGGAAUAUAUGGAGACAGACUUUAAAACCUUUGAGUGAUUUUGGGUUCGGUAAGAGAAGCGUCUGGGAAGGUGGGGUCGGUCUGUUCAUCGUCUCAGGAGCUACGCUUCUUGCUCUUAGCUGGGCUUGGUUGCGAGGGUUUCAAAUGCGGUCCAAGUUCAGGAAGUACCAGACCGUGUUUGAGCUCAGUCAAGCCUCCGGCAUUUGCACGGGAACACCGGUUAGGAUCCGUGGCGUGACCGUUGGUACGGUCAUCCGUGUGAACCCUUCCUUGAAGAACAUUGAAGCUGUUGCUGAGAUUGAAGAUGAUAAGAUCAUCAUCCCUAAGAAUUCACUGGUUGAGGUGAAUCAGUCUGGUCUUCUGAUGGAAACUUUGAUCGACAUUACGCCGAGGGAUCCGAUACCGGAGCCUUCUGUAGGUCCUCUGCAUCCGGAAUGUGGUAAAGAAGGUCUGAUUGUUUGUGAUAGGCAGAAGAUAAAGGGAGAGCAAGGAGUGAGUUUAGAUGCGUUAGUUGGAAUAUUCACUCGUAUUGGACGUGAAGUAGAGGCGAUUGGUGUUGCUAAUACGUAUUCGCUUGCUGAGAGAGCGGCUUCUGUUAUUGAAGAGGCGAAACCGUUGCUCCUAAAGAUUCAAGCCAUGGCUGAAGAUGCUCAACCUUUGCUCUCUGAGUUUCGUGAUAGUGGUUUGCUCAAGGAAGUUGAGUGUCUAACUCGAAGCCUGACCCAAGCUUCUGACGACAUGAGAAAGGUUCAUUCGUCGAUUAUGACACCUGAGAAUACAGAACUAAUUCAGAAGUCAAUCUACACUCUGGUUUACACUUUGAAGAACGUCGAGAGCAUAAGCUCAGAUAUUCUGGGAUUCACAGGCGACGAAGCCACAAGAAAAAACCUUAAACUGCUCAUCAAAUCCCUCAGUAGGCUAUUAUAAUCAGCCUGGAGAAGCAACUCACAUUUUAAGUCUUGGUUUUAAAAAAAAUCCAGAAUUUUAAAGGUGAGCAAGUUGUUUUUAAAAAAAAAAUGUGUGUUCUUAUUUAGAGUUUUCUUUUUUGCUUUAUUCUUUUUAUCGAAUUGGAUUUCAACGAGAGAGACGAAUUCAGUUUAUACGAACAAAACCAGUGUUUUUUCCAUUAAUGCAUCUCCUCAACAGCAUUUACUUUUAACACGGGAGACGACGAUGACGAUAAGCGCGUCUCGUCUCGUGUAGGGUCCCAAGGAAGGAGAAGACCUCAACUUAAUAAUUUCGAGGGGUUUUAUAUUAUUAUUAAAAUUCAAAUUAAAUAAAAUAGCCGAGGGUGUUUUGGUCUUUACGUUGGACUGUUUUGGUCUUUAGAGGCGAUUAAUAAAUAAAUUAAAUAAUAAACAAAGAAGUGUUU